GAAAGGGAGGGAGCUGGGAGGCCCGGUCACGGCAGCUCCAUCCGCGCUCCCCCUGCCCAGCCCCGGCCAUGAAUAUGUAACUCCCCUCUAUUUCCCGAGCUCCAUUGCGGAGGCUGCCGCUCGCCAUAUUGUGCCGCUGGAGCUGCGGCUCACCGCUGGCGAGAGAGGGCGGUGGGAGCGAGUUGUGUAGGGCGACGUCGGCGGCCUGAGGCGGGAGCCCGGCGGGCGCUUGGUGCCUUUGGCGUUGCUGCAGAGCUGCGGGGAGCUUCUGAAGCCCUGAGGUAUCCCUGGGGACCAGCGUGCUGCGGGAAUAUAGAUAAAUGUGUGUGCACACAUACUCUGGAAGCUACACGGAGAGCCAUGUCUCAAGCCGUGCAGACGAAUGGGACGCAACCUUUAAGCAAGACGUGGGAGCUCAGUUUGUAUGAGUUACAAAGAACACCUCAGGAAGCAAUCACUGAUGGCUUGGAAAUAGUUGUGUCACCCAGGAGCCUGCACAGUGAACUGAUGUGUCCCAUCUGCUUGGAUAUGUUAAAAAACACCAUGACAACAAAAGAAUGUUUGCAUCGCUUCUGUGCUGACUGUAUCAUUACAGCCCUCAGGAGUGGCAACAAAGAAUGUCCCACAUGUCGUAAAAAGCUAGUUUCAAAGAGGUCAUUGAGACCAGAUCCCAAUUUUGAUGCUCUCAUCAGUAAAAUUUAUCCAAGCCGAGAUGAAUAUGAAGCUCAUCAGGAGAGAGUGCUAGCAAGAAUCAGCAAGCACAAUAACCAGCAAGCUUUAAGUCACAGCAUUGAGGAAGGAUUAAAGAUUCAAGCUAUGAACAGGUUGCAGAGGGGCAAGAAACAACAGAUUGAGAAUGGUAGUGGUGCAGAAGAUAACGGUGACAGUUCACAUUGUAGCAAUGCCUCAACACACAGCAAUCAGGAAGCUGGGCCUAGUAAUAAGAGAACCAAAACAUCGGAUGAUUCUGGGCUAGAACUGGACAAUAACAACACAACUGUGGCAAUAGACCCUGUAAUGGAUGGUGCUAGUGAAAUUGAAUUAGUCUUCAGGCCUCAUCCGACCCUCAUGGAGAAUGAUGACAGUGCACAGACAAGAUACAUCAAGACCUCAGGCAAUGCCACUGUUGAUCACUUGUCCAAGUACCUAGCAGUAAGAUUGGCUUUGGAGGAGCUUCGUAGCAAAGGAGAAUCAAACCAGAUGAACCUUGACACAGCCAGUGAGAAGCAGUAUACCAUUUACAUUGCUACUGCCAAUGGGCAGUUCACUGUAUUAAAUGGGUCCUUUUCCUUGGAACUGGUCAGUGAGAAGUACUGGAAAGUGAACAAACCCAUGGAACUGUACUAUGCACCAACAAAGGAACAUAAAUAAGCUGUGCUGGAAAACUGAGAUGGGACUAACUCUUUUUAUAGCUAUGACUUCUUUAAUAUUAAAAGAAAGCACCACCAUUACAUUCA